AUGGAGAACGUGGAAGUAUUUGACUCGCCGGGAAAAGGCAGGGGUCUAAGGGCAACCAAGGAGUUAUGGGCUGGGGAUGUACUGUUUUCAGAGCCUAGCUUCGCUGCUGUCAUCUUUGAUAGUCUUGCUGACCACGUAUGUCAUAGCUGUUUCCGUCGGCAACAGAAGCUUCAGAGAUGUGGCCAAUGCAAAUUUGCCCAGUACUGCGACCGUACGUGCCAGCGUGCAGCAUGGGACGAACACAAACAGGAGUGUGCGGCCAUAAAGACUUACGGCAAAGUUCCUAAUGAAAACAUCCGUCUUGCAGCCCGUGUCCUUUGGCGUCUCGAUAAGCUGGGAGGUGUGGUGUCUGACAUGCAGCUGACCACCUUGGAGGACCUAGAGGAUCACAUUGCUGACAUGCCAGAGGAUGACCUGAAAGAACUCAAAGUGGACAUCCAUAACUUCUUGGAUUAUUGGCCACGCAACAGCAAGCAGCACAAUACGGACACCAUCUCACAUGUCUUUGGAGUGAUCAACUGCAAUGGAUUUACAGUGAGUGACCAGAGAGGCCUUCAGGCAGUUGGUGUUGGCAUUUUCCCCAACCUCUGUCUGGUUAACCAUGACUGCUGGCCCAACUGCACAGUGAUCCUGAACCACGGCAGUCAAUCUGCCGUGAAUACUAUGUUUCAUUCUCAGAGGAGAGUGGAGUUGCGUGCUCUGGGAAAGAUCAGCCCAGGGGAAGAAUUGACCGUAUCUUACGUGGAUUACUUGAAUGUUUCUGAUGAGCGUAAACGCCUGCUCAAGCAGCAGUACUUUUUCGACUGCACCUGCGAGCACUGCACCAACAAAACCAAAGACGACCUUAAAAUGGCAGGCCAAGUGGUGGAUGGAGUGGAGGUACCAAACGAACAGGUUAAGGAAAUGACGGAGUACAGCCUUAAAAUGAUUGAAAUGAUGGAGAAGGCCCGUUUUGACGGAAACUACCAUGAGGUGGUGAAAAUAUGCAGGGAGUGUGUGGAAAAACAGGAGAAGGUUCUGGCCGACACUCAUAUUUACCAGCUACGCAUGUGGAGCACGCUCAGUGAGGUGCUGGCGUAUCUGCAGUUCUUUGGAGAGGCAGCGACUUAUGCCCGUAAGAUGGUAGAUGGAUACAUGAAACUGUACCACCCAAACAAUGCCCAGCUGGGAAUGGCUACCAUGCGGGCCGGUGUGACCCACUGGCAAGCCGGGCAAAUUGAGGUGGCACACGGCAUGAUCUGCAAAGCCUAUGCCAUCCUCUUGGUCACCCAUGGGCCAACACACCCCAUCACUAAGGACCUAGAGGCCAUGCGUAUGCAGACGGAGAUGGAGCUACGCAUGUUUCAGCAGAAUGAAUACGUGUACCACAGCAUGCGUGAGGCCGCGCUGAAGAACCAACCGAUGUCCAUGAUGGCCGAGCCCGUAGAAGAGGGUAUCAAGAACCUCUUCCGCAGGAAGUGA